GGUUACAGUAGUUGUCUGUCUCUGCUGUGGACAUAGGACACUGAGGCUCCCAGUCAGUCAACAUGGGACGGUGGAAGCUUCCCAACAUUUUAUUUCUCAUGUUUCUCUGCAGCUCCAAUGGACAGUUUAACCCUUCGAGGAGAAGACCCCCCUGGCAUGAGAGAUUUACACCAAUAGAACAUUACUGGGAUCUCCACGACCUACCAGACCCAAAGGUCACAGUUAUUAAUUCACCAAGGUUCACCUUGCUGGCUCCAGACCUGCUGAGGACAGACAGCCACGAGAACAUCUACCUACAGGCAUACGAUGUGUCCAACCCCGUCGUCGUCUCCAUCUCCAUCCUGGACUUCAGUAAAACCACUACCCUCCUCCAGGACUCGGUCACACUCAGUGUGGAAAAUGGAUUUCAUGCUCUCAAGUCUAUACAGCUUCCCUCCGAUCGUUUGAAUCGUGAAGAGAAAAGGAACAAGUUUGUGCAUCUGAAGGUGAUUUUUGGGGGCUACCACUCAGAGGAGAGGAUACUGAUGGUGUCCUUUCACUCUGGAUACAUCUUCAUCCAGACAGACAAACCCAUCUAUAAACCUGGAGAUACUGUUCGGUUCAGAGCCUUCGCAUCCUCACCGUCCUUUAAAGCCUUUGACACCACAGUCACCAUCGAUAUCCAGAAUCCAGAUGGCAUAGUGGUUAAACAGAUCCCCAGGGUCAGAGCUGCUGAUGGCGUCUACGCAGAGACUUUUCCGCUCUCUGACAUUGUUAACGAAGGGAAAUGGACAGUGACUGCAAAGCUUGACGACUGGCAGCAGAACACAUUCACCUCCCCGUUCGAGGUGAAGAAAUACGUGCUUCCUGCCUUCAAUGUUACCCUGACUCCCAGGAAGUCCUUCCUCAGCCUGGAUGACAGUGAACUGAUAGUAGACAUAUCGGCCAGGUACCUGUAUGGGGAGCCGGUCCAGGGGACGGCCUAUGUGGUGUUUGGAGUGAAGAUCAACCAAGAGAUGAGAAGGCUGCCUUCAGUGAAGCAGGUGUCGGAUCUGGAUGAAGGAGUGAUCCGUCUGAGCAUGGAGGAGAUCAAGAGAGCUUACCCCGAUGUUAGAUCUUUGGUGGGCAACUCUGUGUAUGUGAAGGCCUCUGUGCUCACCAAGUCAGGCAGUGAUCUGGUUGAAGCAGAGAAGACUGGAAUUAAAAUUGUGGAGUCUCUGUACGUCCUAUCCUUCAAAGACAUACCGAAGUACUUCAAGCCAGGCCUGCCCUUGGACUUUACAAUCCAGGUGAGCCACCAUGAUGGUUCCCCGGCCCGUAACGUUCCAGUCAAUGUGAAGCUGCAGGGCGUGUCCACGGUUAUCUCCACCAGUAACAGCAGGGUCACCAUCAACAUGCCCCGCGAUCAACAGCCACAAACCAUUACUGCUGAGACCACGCAGGCGGACCUGAGACCAGAUCAGCAGGCCAAGAAACAAAUCACCGUUCAGCCGUACGUCGCCUUUAACCGGGACCAACAGAACUACCUGUACAUCUCCACAGGGACCGCCACGGUGUCUGUAGAUGACACACUGUCCCUGAAGCUGAUAAUCGCUCCUGCAGACCCGACACACAGACAGUACAUUAAACACAUUACCUACCUGGUGCUGAAUAAAGGCAAAAUUAUUGUCGCCGAGCGUAUAGAUGUGACGGGGCAGCUGGAAACCAGCGUCGGAGUGACGGUCACCCCGGAGAUGAUGCCAUCGUUCCGUUUUGUGGCGUUCUACAGUAUUCCCUGGGCGGGGAUGGAGGAGGUGGUGCCAGACUCUAUCUGGGUAGAUGUGGCAGAUUCCUGUGUUGGAGGGCUGAAAGUCGGGCCGGUGGACGGCAUACGUCGAGAUUACACGCCUGGGAAGAGCUUUAGUUUUAAGAUCAGAGGCGAUCCGGGGGCAAAGGUCAGCCUGGUGGCUGUGGACAACGCUGUGUAUCUUCUCAACAGGGACAGACUUACACAGAGGAAGAUUUGGGGUACGGUGGAGCAGGGAGACAUCGGCUGCUCCCGAGGGGGUGGCAGAGAUGCCAAGGCGGUGUUCUCAGAAGCAGGGCUGCUCUACGCCUCCAGCGCCGGGUUUCAAACCACAACCAGACAAGCCCUGCAGUGUCCAGGCAGUGCCAGAAGGAGGCGCUCUGCUGAACAGUUGCAGCGUAAAGCCGAGCUGGAGAGUCAUUACAAGGAGAAGCUGCAGCGUCGCUGCUGUAUGGACGGCCUCAGGGGGAUCCCCAUGCCGUACUCCUGUACGCGACGCUCCCUCUACAUCACAGAGGGCUGGGAGUGCAUGAAAGCCUUCAGAUACUGCUGCGCCACUUACAGGGACCAAGAGUUUAACACCCAGAUUCCCACCACCCCACCACCCUUUACAACAACUCCCCCUACCACCUCCCCUCCACCCUUGCCCACUUUUUUCCAUCAUUUUGUUGAAAUGGAGAGGAGAGAAUGGAUACCCCUAUCACGGGAAAGUUUUCAUUUGGGCAGGGAACGUGGGUUGCCUGGACUGCCUGGAUCGCCUGGACUGCCUGUAAUGUCUGUAAUGUCUGGACAUGUUGGAUCUAAACUGCAAAUGACCUUUUCAAGUGCAGACAAUAUGAGAGAAAGAGAAGUGUUGCAAGUGGAAGCAAGGCAAGAGGAGGAGAAGGAAGAGGAGGAAGAAGAGGAGGAGUAUCUGGAUGCGUCUCAAGUGUAUCUGCGAUCCAAGUUCUACGAGUCUUGGCUGUGGACGGACGUAAACCUUCCCAGCCAGGCAGACAGAGACGGGUUAGCGUCUAAGAAUGUGGACAACCCCUUACCUGACAGCAUCACAGAGUGGGGAGUUCUGGCCAUCAGUGCAUCACCUCAUACAGGUUUCUGUGUCGCUGAACCUUACAAUUUCAGAGCAUGGAAGCGUUUCUUUGUGGACCUGAAGCUGCCGUAUUCAGUGGCGAGGAACGAGCAGCUCGAGAUUAAAGCUGUGGUCCAUAACUACGGCUACGAUGACCUGCAUGUGAGGGUGGUGCUGAUGAAGACAGAAGGCAUGUGCAGCAUUGCCUUUAAGGAGAGUCACACACAGGAAGUGACGGUGCCGGCCGGCUCUUCCGUUGCGGUGCCUUACACCAUCGUACCGCUGGUGGUGGGGAAACUUCCUCUGGAGGUGAUGGUGGUGGCCAGAGGCACAACGGCAGGAGACCGCAUCCAGAAACAGCUACGUGUGGUGCUGGAGGGAGUGCAGAAGGCUGAAGUUUGGAGUGCGGUGUUGAACCCAUCUGCUGAGGGAGGAACACAGACGGUUCGGGUGGGCAAGAUCGAACUGGAGUCAGUUGUGCCGAACUCUAGGCCAGAGACAUUUAUCAAUGUCAGAGGGAAUGUGUUGGCAGACAGCAUUGAUAACUCCAUCAGUGAGGACUCUCUAGCCUCCCUGAUUCAGAUGCCCGGCGGCUGUGUGGAGCAGAAUUUGGCAAGCAUCACGCUGCCGCUCAUCGCCACCCUCUACCUGGAUCGAACCAACAGCUGGGAGAGUGUAGGGGUGCAGCGCAGGGCUGAGGCUCUCCGGUACAUCAGGAGAGGCUACGAGAACCAGCUAGCAUACAGAAGGAGUGAUGGCUCUUACCCCCCCUACAGGAGGGAAGGCGCAAGUACAUGGAUCACGGCGUAUGUGGUGAAAGUUUUCUCCAUGGCUUACUCCAUCACUGGCAUCGACGAGCAGCAAGUGUGUGAACCUCUGCUCUACCUGGUGAACAACAAACACCAGCUUGUGAGAGGGAGCUUCAGAGAGGACAACCCAGUUUACACCACUACCAUGACUGGCGGUCUCCGUGGUGACGACCCCGAGACAACACUGACGGCCUUCGUCCUCAUAGCACUUGCUGAGGCCAAGCAGGCUAGGAUCCGCUGCGCUGGUCCAAGCGUAGAGGUAGCUGUUGGUAAGACGGCUGAAUACCUGAAGAGUGCGCUGUUGACGACGGGUAGGAGGCCGUACACUGUGGCCAUCGCCUCGUACGCGCUGGCUCUGCUGGGGAAUGCUUCGCCCUACAACCCGACACCAUCUUUACUCAGAGCUGCAGCUCCAGGUGGCAGCCACUGGCCCGACAGUCAGAACACCUUGUUCACCCUGGAAGCAACCGGCUACGCCUUGCUAGCUCUGGUGAAGUUGGGGCGCAUGGAGGAAGCUGCAGCGCCGUUUAAAUGGCUGAACGGCCAGCGGAGGAGAGGAGGAGGCUUCGGCUCCACUCAGUCCACCAUGGUGGUGCUCCAGGCGCUGUCCGAGUACCUGAUAAACAAACCUCCUGAGGACGUCUAUCUGGAUGUGGAUGUCAGGAUAACAGGGCGCAAAGAAAUCCGCUACCAUUUCAACCCUGUGAACGCCUACACUGCUCGCUCCUCCAGGUUGCCUGCUGAUCUUGAUUUGGAAGUGCAGGCUCAAGGGAAUGGACAGGGAAUACUGGAGGUUGUGACCCAUUACAACCAGCUCCCGGAGGUGGAUGAGAAGAUCUCCUGCAAGGACUUUGAGUUUAGCGUCGCUAUUGAAGAAUCCAGCGAAAAGCCUCCAGCAGAUGUGGAGAAAUCCUACCAGCUCACCAUCAAAGUGAGGGCUUUAGGACCCAGAGAUGUCCGGAUGGUGAUUCUGGAUAUAAAUCUGCCCACCGGCUUCACCCCAGAAAACUCCGACCUGGAGAUGUUGUCGAACUCAGUGGACCGUUACAUCAAUAACUUCCAGAUUGUUGAUAACCUGAGUGACCGAGGCUCUCUGAUCAUCCACCUGUUCAAGGUGUCUCACAAAGAGCCAGAGAUCCUGAUCUUUAGGCUUCAGCAGAGCUUCAAAGUCGGCCUCCUCCAGCCAUCCUCGGUUACUGUCUACGAGUAUUACAACCCAGAUCACCGCUGCAGUCGCACCUACACUCCCAGAGAGGACAAAGAGGCGCUCACUCAGAUCUGCCGGGACAACGUCUGCCGCUGCACGCAAGGUGACUGCUGCGUCUCCAAAACCGACAGUGAGAACUUCCUCAAUAAAGACAGAGAGGUGUUUGCCUGCAAGACUUUACACCACGUUUUCAAGGUGAAGGUGCUGAAUGUCAGCCAGAGUUACUAUGACAAAUAUGAGAUGGAGAUCACGCGAGUUAUCAAGCUGGGUGUGGAGGCAGGAGUCGAGGUGGGUCAGAAGAGGUUCUUCAUGUCUCACGGAGGCUGCAGGGAUGGAAUCAACCUGAAGCAGGGCUCUGAGUACCUCAUCAUCGGCCCCAAAGAGGACCAGUGGAACACUGAUAGUGACACCAACAGAUCCAUCUACAUGCUGGGAAAGGACACCUGGGUGGAACGCUGGCCUACGUCUGCAGAGUGCUCCAGCAUGCAAGCUAAAUGCAAGAGCCUGGAAGAUACUGCAGAUGAACUGUCUGUCAAUGCCUGCAGGGUGUAGAGGUGUCUGAGCCGCAACUGCACACCUUCAUGUGCAGUUGAAAGCCGGAGUAAUAAUUCCAUUACAACACAUUAUUUGUGUUUUCACUGUAGAAAAAAAGAACUGAAGUGGAGUUUGUUAUAGCAACCCAUAAGGUUUGUCUUAACUGUAAUGAUAUAAUAAUAAGAAUGAGAAAGAACUAUAGCACUAAUAAAAGAAAACUUAAUUGUUUUCUCAAGGGAAUCAUAUCUUUUAUAAAUGUUUUAACCCCCAGCAGAUAAAAGCCUCUACAAUUGAUUUUUAUGUGUGUAACAGCGUGUAACUCUCUGCAACCUGAACUUAACUGACCUGUUAACCUAAGUAUGAAACCUUGGUCAACCUUUUCAUUCAAAAAAAGAGUAUGUCUUUGUGAUGCACUUUGGUGCAAAAACUUGUUUGCUUUUAAGUGCCCUAUAAAUGAAAUAAACUUGAAAUGUAUGCAGGACAAUGAA